CUACAGCUGAGAAAGACAAGAUAAAGUAAUUGAUGAUCUUACAGUUCCACCGCUAUGAUUAGCAAUCCAAAGGUUUCCCGUUUUGUCAAUGGUCAUCCCAUCAGCGAUGCCUGUUAUGUUGUUUGCUUUGAGAUCAAAUAAGUCAAAUCUGUACAAGGAGCCUUUGCCGGAGACUGGAAGCCCGUCUUUUUCACCCAUAGUUCCGGCCCACAGUCUUCCUGCCGGGUCAACUUUUGCAUCAUUGAACCUGGUAUCACUGACACCAACAUCAACUUGGCUGAUAAAUUUUACUUUAGGAUCCAAGUCAUCAGUGGCUGGGUCCCAAGACACCUGGAUUAAAUUUGUUCCGCAUGCUGUUAUGAAGGUAUUCUUCUUAUUGGCGACGGGUAUCGCGAACCCAACUGAUCCACAUUCUAGCUCAGAAGAAAAAUCAAUUUUUUAUCGAAUAAUUUUAAGGUAG